CUUUUCUUUAUCUUUUCCUGAUCAAAACGUGUUCCUAUUUAUAUAUAAAGACAGAAUAUUUGUUCUAAGAUGCAAUUCAAGAGAAAUUAGGAAGAGAUAUACGCGGUUUCAGGGAGGGAGGAAGAAGAGAUGUCGACACCAGCUCGGAAACGAUUGAUGAGGGAUUUCAAGAGGCUGCAACAAGAUCCGCCGGCUGGAAUCAGCGGCGCUCCUCAAGAUAACAACAUCAUGUUAUGGAACGCUGUUAUAUUUGGACCUGAUGAUACACCCUGGGACGGAGGUACGUUUAAGUUGACACUUCAAUUCUCGGAAGAUUACCCAAACAAACCACCAACAGUCCGAUUUAUCUCCAGAAUGUUCCAUCCAAACAUCUACGCAGAUGGGAGCAUCUGCUUAGAUAUAUUGCAGAACCAAUGGAGCCCGAUAUACGAUGUGGCAGCUAUCCUCACUUCAAUCCAGUCACUGCUUUGCGAUCCAAAUCCAAAUAGCCCAGCAAACUCGGAAGCAGCUCGAAUGUUCAGUGACAAUAAACGAGAGUACAACAGAAGGGUUCGUGAAAUAGUCGAGCAGAGCUGGACAGCCGACUAAACAAGGACGAACAUGGCUUCCAGUUAAAAUCGGGGUUUGUCGAGAUAAAUUGUUGAAUCCCCUUGGUGAAACUUAUGUAUUUAUAAAACAUUUUAAUACUUGAAAGAUUGCUUGCUGCUGCUAUUGAUGUGAAUAGGAAAAGUUAUUGUAUGUGAUUCUAAUGUUCCAUUCUUAGUAAUAAUUAACUUUCA